CCACCAUUCCUCUCCUCGUCUCGUCUCGUCUCGCAACCGGACCGGCGAUCUCCUCUUCUCCCUCUCCGCUGUCGGAGCCGACGCCAACCACCAAACCCUAGCGCAGCCGCCCAUGGCGGGCUAAGGCGCGGACCCAUGAUCGCCGAUGGAGCCGCGACCUUCGUGCUCCGCCGCCGCUGACCGCCCCCCGCCGCCGCCGGAGGCGGAGGACGAGGAGGAGGACGAGGAGAGGGGCAGGGGGUGGGUGCUCGUGCCGGCCAGCGAGGUUCCGGGGGCCGACGCGCCCAAGGUCAUCGACUGGGAGGACCUGCAGCAGGAGCUCGCCCGCGUCUGGAGCCUCUCCGCUGCGCUCGCCGCAGCCAGGGAACGCAAGGCGCACCUCGCCGCGCGCCUCCAGUCCGCGCUCGAGGCGAGGAAGGCUUCUGUUCAUCAGGAUAAUGAGUUGGCGGAAAUCAGGGAAAGAGUGCAAGCACAUGCUGAUUUCAUGUGGGAUUUGAAAAUGCACACCAAGAAAAUGACCGAGGAUGUGGAUGAUCGCAGGAAGGAACUUUGCAUCAAGGUCCGAACCUUGUCAACAACAAGCAAUACUCUUUCCACAGCUCAAAGUAAACUUAAGGAAGCUGACAAAUUGCUAUCAGGGGAAAAUGGUCUCCAUGUCCGUCUUAAAUCUGUGGAAAGGAUGUUGCGCAUGAGACAGCAAUAUAUGACAGCGCAAGUAGAACACAUAUAUCCUGUGAGACCCUUGAUUGAGCAAUCUCCAGCUAACAAACCUAGCUUCUUGAAUUCCAGUAUUCUCAGAACAAGAGAUGCGGAAUCAAUGGCUCCGAAUGGUUCUCAAAAUGGACAGGCACCUUUGGCAAUUUUGGGUCUCCAAUUAUCGAAGCUUACUAUGAAAAAGACCGGCUACUUUAGUGACAAGACUGAGAUUCAGAAAUCUGCCACUGCUUUGGGUUAUGUUGCACAUGCAGUGUCCCUUAUUGCAUCAUAUCUUGAUGUUCCUCUUCGAUAUCCGCUGCGGUUGGGAGGUUCACGGUCAUAUGUUCUUGAUCAUGCGCCUUCAGUUGAGUCAUCGUCCUUAGCUUCAGCACCAAGUUCUGUUCCUCUGGGCACAAGCAUGAGGACAAUGGAAUUCCCUCUGUUUUCUGAAAGCCAGGAGACAACAAGAUCAGCAUAUGCAGUAUUUUUGCUAAACAAGGAUAUUGAACAACUUUUGAACCACAUUGGUGCUGAAAGUCUUGGCCCUAGGCAUGUAUUAGCUAACCUCAAGCAGCUGACUACUAUUGUCCAGUCACAACAGUACAUUUCUAAUUGAUUUGGUCCAAGAAAUAUAUUUGGAGUUCUGUGAGAGUUUUGCUUGUGGCUGAAUCCAGAAGCGGUUGGUGCUAUUUUUAGCAAGCACCUUUGUUUUCCAGAACACAGACGAGUUCAGGUUUUUCUUUGCUGAUAUUUUCACUGUAAAAUGAGUAAAUCGAUUUGUCCCCGUGUAAAACGUGCUCACUUGAUGUACAGAAAUUAGAUGAAAUAAAUGAGAAAUGGUUCGCAUG